AUGCAGACAAAUACAUCGGCUGAACCACCACGCACAAUAGAACUCGAUAGCGAACAUGAGUUUCGAUUCGAGGUUGAGUUCAACAAAAAAGUGACACUCAAGCUUCUCAAAGGAACUGCAGAAGUGUUUGGCACAGAGUUGGCUAUAAAUGUCACAUAUACAUUUACUGGCCGAAAGGCUGCUGUAUAUACUUGGCAUGGAUGCACAUUAGAGAUAUCCUUUUUUUCUAUAGAAUACACAGCAAACGAGACACCGAUGACAAGUUACUUGAAUACACAUUUGGCACUACAGCAGAUACGAGAAAAUGCAAAACAAACCAACGAUCAAGGCCCUCGGGUUUUGGUUGUUGGACCACAUGAUGUAGGCAAGACGUCGUUAUGUACCUUACUAGCAGGCUAUGCGCUUCGACAAGGCCAGAAACCUAUCUAUGUCUCCUUGGAUACAUCCGAGGGAUCAAUUACGAUGCCAGGCACAGUAUCAGCGACCAACAUCAGUACCAUUAUCGACGUAGAAGAAGGAUUUGGCGCCUCUGCAACGACUGCUGCGUCACUCGGUUCAUCAACAAUGCCGUUGGCAUACUAUUACGGAUAUGAAAACCCAGCAGAAAAUGUCAACCUGUUCAAACUCGUCACCUCACGAUUGGCACAUACCGUCAAAUGUCGGCUUGCAGAAGACGAUGAAAGCCAAAAGUCGGGCUGUAUCAUUGACACAGCAGGAUUGAUCGAUCAUGUCGGAUAUGAUCUGAUCCAGCAUAUCAUUGCAGAAUUUGAUGUCAAUGAAAACCCCAACAUUCAAGUAGUUAAGCUGGCCAAGUCCGGAGGCGUCGUCGAACGUGACAAGCAGUUCAAGAAUCAAUUGCAACGAAGCAAGAUCCAGGAAUAUUUCUAUGGCACGAUCAAGUGUGACUUAUCGCCUUAUUCAACUAUUCUCAAUCUCAAUGACGUCAAUGUGUGGCGUGUGGGCGAAAGUAUGGCGCCAUCUUCAGCCUUGCCGUUGGGUAUGGAAAGUAUCUCUACUGAAACCCAGGUGGUCAAGGUCGACAGCAGCUAUGAAAUGUGCUUGCACUCCAUCCUUGCGAUCCUCAACGCAGAAAACACGACGCCUGAAAGCCAACUCUUGGAAACAAAUGUAGCUGGAUUUAUCUACGUAUCCGAUGUGGAUGAAGAACGAAUGAAAAUGACAAUUCUGUCACCUGCUCCAGGUCGACUUCCUCGUAAACACUUGCUGUUAGGAUCAUUCAAAUGGCUAGAAGCAUAA